CUGUCCUCCAGUCAGAGGAGGAGGAGGAGUGGGAACUGAGGAAGACUCUGAGCAGGAGCUAAACUGCUAAUUAAAUUAACUUCAGGGACAUUUUGGACUUUUGUUUGUUUCUUUUCGGGGAGUAAGUUUGUGUCGUCAGAGAUGAAGUCAUCCAACAGUCGUCCCUCCACAGUGGGGAGAAACCCCUUCGUGCACGAGCUGACAUUCACCAUGACAGAGAAGAUAAAGAUCGGACUGAUGUCGGUGACGGUGUUUCCAGUGCGGCUGCUGCUGGUGUCCUUCUUCAUGCUGCUGGCGUGGCCCUUCGCCUUCACAGCCUCCCUGGGACGCUCUGAGUUUGUCAUGGAGCCACAGUCGUGGUGGAGGAGGUUUAUAGACCUGUGUCUGCGCGUGAUCAUGAGAGCCAUGUGGUUCUGCGGAGGUUUCCAUUGGAUCAAGGUGAAAGGGGAGCGGGCGGCGCCCUCUGAUAUUCCCAUCCUCACCGUGGCGCCACACUCCUCCUACUUUGAUGCCAUCCCAGUCACCAUGACCAUGUGCUCCAUAGUCACCAAACUGGAGAGCAGGAGCAUUCCCGUCUGGGGCACUCUGAUCAGCUACAUCAGGCCCGUGUUUGUGUUUCGCUCGGAUCAGGACUCCAGAAGAAAAACUGUGGAGGAGAUCAAGCGGAGAGCGCGGUCUGGAGGGGAGUGGCCUCAGAUCAUGAUAUUCCCAGAGGGGACGUGCACCAACAGGUCGGGGCUCAUCUUGUUCAAGGCUGGUGCUUUCAUACCAGGACUCCCAGUGCAGCCAGUGGUGCUGCGCUACCCUAACAAACUGGAUACUGUUACAUGGACAUGGCAGGGUCCUGGGGCAUUCAAAAUCCUUUGGCUCACUCUGUGCCAGCCUCAUAAUCCCAUGGAGAUAGAGUACUUACCUGUUUACACUCCAUCAGACGAGGAGAAGGAAAACCCCGCCCUGUUUGCCAACAACGUCAGAAAGCUCAUGGCUAAGGCGCUGGAGCUGCCACUCAAAGACCUGUCCUUUGAGGACCGUGAGAUCAGCCUAGCACGGGGCCCUCUGCGCAUUUGGGACUACAGCAGCCUGCUGGAGUUCCACCAGCUGCUGUGCCGCCUGGGGCUGAGAGCAGGACGGACCGACACAGAGCUGGAGGAGCUGGCCAGAAGAGCUAGAAAGCUGCAGGGAGACCGGCUGGGGCUGGAGGACUUCGCCCAGUUUCUGGACCUGCCAGUUACAGACACACUCGCACAAGUCCACAGCCAGUUUGACCAGCAUGGAGACGGACAGAUAGACAUCAGACACUAUGUGAUCGCUCUGUCCACCGUUCAUCGACCAUCAAAGUCAAUGGAGACGCUCAAACUCGCCUUCAAGAUGUAUGAAAACGAGGAGAACGGGCAAGUCCUGGAGGAGGACCUUACCGCCAUCUUGGAAAUAAUGUUGGGCGUGAAAGAGCUGGACCUAAGUGUUCUGUUUUUAUCGCUGGACGGGCCCGACACAGGGAAGAUCACAUACGAUGAGCUCCAUCGUUUCAUAGAGCAGCACCCGCACAUCGUCCAGGAUUACCUCGACUUUGAAAACCAUCCGCGCAAGUUCUGCGUGGGUCGACCUCAGAGCUGCAACGGCAACAACCACAACAAAGACGACUGAGGAAGAAUGGACUUUAACUCAAACACUUAUUGACCUUCUCUCUGUGACGUAACAGCGCCUCCAAAUCCUGCAGCGUUCCCACCACCUCUGUGCCUUUAACGUGCAGGUAACGAGACGAACACAUGGACAGUGACAGUUGUUAGGACGGAUCAGUGCAGCGAAGACGAUGGAGUCACUUAUCUCAGUUCUCCUCUGAACUGUUUCUGCCUGCCUUAGGGUUUUUCGUUGCUUUGCAGAUAUAUUUAUUUUCUUAUGUAAGAAUUCAGAUAUUUAAGACAUAAGUUGAUAAUGAGGGUGUUUUUUAACCCUUUGUUGGACCUCAGGCAAACGGACACGAGCACACUGCCCUCUCCUGCUGCUCUUCAGUUACAUAGUUUAAACACCAUUUCAGGUAAAAAGGUUGUCGCUCUCUGAUUAUUCUGGGAUGUUGUCACCAAACUGUGUCACAAAUACCCAAAAAUCUGCCACUUAAUCAGAGACAUCAUCCCUGACCUAAAGCAGCUGUGUCACUGCCACACAGAUACAAGCCCUCGCCAAAAAGAGGGGUUUGAUAGUUGACAUGAUUUAUUAUAGUUUGAUCUAAACACCAAUCAGAUCAUCCAGAUGUGAUGUUUUUAUUUAUUUUGGUAAAUGAUAAUGUGACGCCUGUUGUUUUAAUGUCUGCACUGUUCUCCCAGACAUCAUGGAAAGUUAAUUGUAUGUUGGUUUGGAGGAUUGUUUAGUAUUUCUGGAGCAGCAGAUCCUUUACACCGACACAAACUCUUCACUCUUCAGCUGGUUUAAAAAUCGAUCUCAGAUGGUUUGAAACAUUUUGUACCUUUCGGCUGCGAUGAUCCUGUAUCGUGUCAUCUCUCAGUAUCACUCUGAAAUGCAGAAAUCAGCUCCUUGCCUUUAUUUUACAAAUAAAAUGUUUUCAGUUUUG